UUAACAUACUCUUUGGUUCAAAACCAAAAACCAAUUCAAAUUUCAAAACAAUAAUCAAAUCAUUUUUAAAGGUUUUGUUUAGCAAUCACUUCUUAAAUUAUUUUAACUAAAUAGACUUUCUUUUAUCAACUAUAGCAUGAAUAUAAACUUUAAAAUGUUAAAUUUUACUCGGUUAACAACCAAAAAUAACCUCUCAAAACAAUGUUCAAAUUGGUUUAGAUUUCGAAGUUAUGCAACGCAAAAACGAUUUUACCGGCGGACCGACAUUGUACAGAAUGAAAAGAAAUGGGAGAUAACCUUAGACCACCGCAGACUGAAGACUCCUAAUGGUCAAGUAUUGAUGGUCAACGCAGAGCCACUAGCACGGGCUAUAGCCGCUGAGUGGGAUGCCCAGCGUGAUUAUAUAUCACAGCCAACAAUGCAUUUGACAGCAUUGUGUAACACAGCUUUAGACAAUCCGGGUAAACUCAACUCUCACGACAUAGCAAGCUAUUUACUUGAUUUCAUUGCUACAGACACCUUGCUCUUUUAUUCGGAGCAAGAAAAAUUAAGAGCACUUCAAGAGGAAAAAUGGGAUCCUGUGUUGGAAUGGUUUUGCAAGAGAUUUGGAGUGAAACAGGAAGUUUCCAAGAAUUUAGAGCUUCCGCCAGUCACCACAGAGACCAGAGCAAUCCUAGCAAGAUAUUUUCUGUCAUAUGACUUUGCUGCUUUAAAUGCCAUGUGCUUUGGCGUGGAAGCGCUGAAGUCCCCAAUGCUCAUGUUGGCAUGUGUGGAUCGAUACAUCGAGCCAAAAGAUGCUGUCCUGUUGGCCAGACUAGAGGAAGAGUUCCAGCUGUCGCACUGGGGGCGGGUGCCGUGGGCGCACGAGCUCAACCAGGCGGAGCUGACGGCGCGCGUGGCGGCCGCGCUGCUCGUCAUACACAGCUCCAGCGAGCGGCACUCCGCCGCAGUGAAGAAAUCACAGGACAAAAGCGUAUAGUGCUACACAUCUUGUAGGUGAAAUUAGUUGAAAUACAGGCGAAGUCAAAGCACAUGAGUAAAUAUCAAAGGGCACGUGCAUUAGUCGGGACUAGCAGAUUUAUGUAUUUUGUGCAUAUGCUUUUAUCAAAAAUUCGAUGAAAAUCAAAUUUUUGAUAAAAGCAUAUGCAUGAGGUUCUCAAAUCUCAAUAAUUCAGGUCAUGUUUGCGGCAGUCGUAGGCUACGCUCAGAUGACAAAAAUGUAAUGUAAAUGUCAAAUCAACGCGACGCGCGACUAGUGCUUGUCCAUCUGAACAUAGCCUUAGUUAAUUUUAAAAUUAUUGAGUUUUAAUUCGUCGUUUAUGAAAUAUCGGUACGUUUAAGCUUAGUUAUUGACUCUAUUAUAGUGGCUGAAUGGACGGAAAUACAUUGCAAUUUUUAGCUUACAGACUAUGGUAGCAUACUUUAAAAUGUAAUUUCAAAUCAGAUUGUUUGAUUAGUUACUGUAAAAUACCUCAUGUAAUCAAAAAAAUUACCGCUGUGAUUACUUUAGGUACUGCAAGAACUAAGUAGUUACUUGCAGUAAAUUGUGUUGAUACUACCGUAAAUUGACUAUGUUGAUUGUUGAUCGGUACAGUAGAUUGUUGUAACUGAUUUUGUACAUAAUUAUAAAUAAAUGUUAUAUGUUUAAA